GACACUCGCCAGGGGACGAUGCCACCACACAUGGGGGGACAAUGCCACCAUUCUCGUGGGGACGCUGCCACCAGGACCCACGGCGGGCGACGCCCGGUGCCACCCCCGGCGGGGACAUGUGACCCCACGGGUGACACCGCCCACGGCCCGACCCUUGCCCUGCGUGUCCCCGCGGCGCUGCCAUGGCGGUGGCCGCGGCUCUGGGUCCCCUGGGCGCGGUGGCCCUGGGCACCCUGGGCACCCUGGCGCUGUCGCUGCUGCUGCGCUGGCUUUGGGACGCGGCGGUGGCUGUCGCCCGCUUCCGGGCCACUUGUCGCCAGCUGAACAGGUUCCCCCUCCCGCCCUGGCGCAACUGGCUGCUGGGACACACCGGCGUGGCGCAGAGCACGGAGCAGGGCCUGCAGGCCGUGGACGCGCUGGUGGCCCGGUACAGCCACGGUUGCCUGUGGUGGGCACUGCCUUGGUUGCCCGUCCUGCGCCUCUUCCACCCCUCCACCCUCCGACCCCUCCUCAGCGCCUCAGCCUUCGUUGCCCCCAAGGACGAGAUGUUCUACGGAUUCCUCAAGCCCUGGCUGGGUGAGUGGGGCUGGGGAGGGGGCAGCACCCCUGGGUGGAUCUGAAAGGACCUGGGGGUCUCAGAGGGACAGGGGCAGCACCCCUGGGUGGUCCCAGAUGGGGUUGGGUGUCUCAGAGGAGGGGCCAGCACCCCUGGGUGGUCCCCGAUGGAUCUGGGGGUCUCCCAGGGAAUGGGGGGCAGCACCCCUGAGUGGUCCCAAAUGGAUCUGGGGGUCUCAGAGGAGGGGGCAGCACCCCUGGGUGAUCCCAGAUGGGUGUAGGGGUCUCCCAGGGACAGGGGCAGCACCCCUGGGUGGUC